AUGUUCGCCCAGGUCAUGAAACGGUUGGACCGCAUUGUGAUUGAUGAAUGCCACAUCGUAUUGAAUCAGCAGCGUGAUUUCCGGCCCAUGAUGCAGCAGCUUGGACGAUUGAUGAUCGCACGGACGCAGGUGGUUUUGUUGACGGCGACAUUGCCGCCCAGCUUAGAGGACCGAUUAUGGCAGCGCAUGCGAUGGUCCCGGGAGCAGGUCAGCUUGUUCCGUGGUCGAACCAGCCGGACCAACGUGGCAUAUCGUUUGUGGCGUCCGAUCAUUGAGCGGGAGUACAAUGGGCCCCAUCGUUGGAUCCAGAUGGAUCAUAUCGCAGCAUUCAUCCGGGACCGCAUCCGACGAUCGCGGGGCGGGCGCACCAUUGUGUACGCGCAUAUCGUCGAACAUGUCACGACGAUGGCGGAGAUACUUGGGUGCGAGGCGUAUUACCAUGACCAGCUUGAUAAGGCCGGCGUCUUAGAGCGGUUUCGCAGCCAGCCCCACGGGGUGGUCGUGGCGACGAGUACAUUAGGGAUGGGAGUCGACAUCCCCGACAUCCGCAGCAUCAUCCAUUUGGGGCGACCACGAACGUUGCUGGAUUACGCGCAGGAGAGCGGGCGCGCAGGUCGGGACGGUCAGGCGAGCGAGGCGAUCAUCAUCCAGCCCGACGGGGUUGAUACCCCCCGCCGUGGAUGCAGGACACGCCGUCCGCGGAGCAGCAGCGGGUAG